AUGUCGAGACGAAAAGAAGAGAAAGUUGAUUCAUGUGCACUGGUGACUAGUCGAAUUAUACUAAAGCAGAUUCAAAAUACUAAAAAUGCCAAGACUAACAUAUUGCUUUCUCCACUAUCAUUCCACGCUGUAAUGAACAUGAUGGCUGCUGGAGCAAGGGCAGAUACAUUAGAUCAGAUGCUUCAAUUUCUCGGUGUUCGGGACAUUGGUGAUUUGAAUUCAAAAUUCUUGAAUAUGUGUCUACUGUCAUUGAGAGCAAUGCUAAUGAUGGAAGAGGUUGUAAAAGAUGUUAACACCUGGGCGGAGUCCGCAUCAAGAGGCCUUAUCAAAGAUAUUCUAAAGCCAGAUCACAUCAGAGAAGAAACAAAGGUCCUUUUAGCAAACGCCUUGUAUUUUAAAGGUACAUGGAAAUUUGAUGAAAAAUACACCAAAGACAGAGACUUUUAUCUACUCAACGGUGACAAAAUCUCUGGAUCAUUUAGAGGCUAUCAAUUUGUUAAAAUUCCAUAUGACAUUGGAAAAGAAGUCGAUAGCAAAGAGUUCUCUAUGUUUAUCUUCCUUCCAAAUGAACAAAAUAGAUUGCCUAGCUUAUUGGAAAAAGUGAAUUCUGACCCGAAGUUCUUUACUAAAAAAUUCAGGCUUCGGUAUGAAUCACUUGAUGAAUUCUACAUCCCAAAGUUCAAAUUCACAUACACUGCUAUGAAACAAAUUGUAAGAACCGUGAAGAAAAUGGGACUGACUCUUCCUUUUGAUGAUGAAUGCACAGAAAUAACAGAGAUUGUCGACCCCGAUGGACAGUCAUUCUAUAUCAACGGGAUAAUACAAAAGGCAUUUAUCGAAGUAAAUGAGAAGGGUACUGAAGCAGCAGCUGUUACUGUGUUGUCCGAUGAUGACACAUGUUGUAUGUAUGAAUCCCCUGGUCCAAGAUUUGUAGCAGAUCACCCUUUCUUGUUCAUGGUAAGGGAAGAGGUUUCAAGAUUGGUGCUAUUUACUGGAGCUGUACUUAAUCCAUCAAAUGAUCAUUCAGAUCCUAGUUCAUCAAGUGAAGGGAUGAUUACUAAGUACAAAAAAGAGAUUCAAAAUACUAAAAAUGCCAAUACUAACAUUUUGCUUUCUCCACUAUCAUUCCAUGCUGUACUGAGCAUGACAGCUGCUGGAGCAACUGGACAUACACUGAAUCAAAUGAUUCAAUUUCUGGGUGUUAGCGAUAUCAAUGAAUUAAAUUCAAAGUUUGCAAAUAUGGCUGAUGUUAUUGACAGCAAUGGUAAUGGUGGUCCUGAUUUGAGUUUCCUUAAUGGAAUGUGGGUGGCUCAUACACAUCAACGUAGAGAUACUCUUACAAAGAUUUAG